AUGCUUCAUGAACUAAACCACGAAUUAACUUCUCAAAAGAUAAUUACUAAAAUUCCUAGCCAACCCGGUUGCUACUUAUUCAAGGAUAAAGAGGGAACCAUAAUUUAUAUUGGCAAAGCCCAAAAUCUCAAAAAAAGAAUUAGCAGUCAUUUUCUAACUUCUCAAACUAAUUAUUUUCACCAACAAAUCCACAGUUUUAAUACCAUUAUCACUAAUAACGUUAAAGAAGCCUUGAUUUUAGAACAAAAUCUGAUUAAAAAAUACCAACCUCGUUUUAAUGUGCUACUAAAAGAUAACCAUUAUUAUCCUUAUUUAGAAAUUACGAACGAGACAAAAUUUGGUAAACCGCAAGACCCCCGCUACAAAAUAGUGCGGAAAAUUAACCUCCAAAAAAAAAGUGAGUAUUUUGGUCCCUUCCCUGAUGGCACCAAAGCCCGGGAAAUCCUACAAUUGCUUGAAAGGUUAUUACCACUUGCUAAAUGCAAGGGCAAUUUAGGAAAACCUUGUUUUUAUUAUACUAUUAAUCAAUGCUCUGGUCAUUGCUGGCAAAAAGUAGAUGCUUCUUAUUAUGAAAAUAUCAAAAAAGAAGUUAGAAAGUUUUUUCGUGGUCAAACCCAAGAAAUAAAAAAGAAAGUUAAAAACUCUUUACGAAAAAAUAUUACUAAUUUAGCCUUCGAAAUCGCCCAAAAAGAAAAAAAAAUAUUGGAUAAUAUCGACUUUUUUACUAGCCAGCAAAAUAUUGAAUUUGCCAAGGGAGAAAAUUGUGAUUUUUUAGGUCUUUAUGAGCAGGAGAAUGUUUUGGCUUUUUGUCUCCUUAUUUAUCGUUAUGGAAAAUUAGUGGCUACUGAUGAAGUCGCUUUCCAAAAUAAUUUACUACCACAAACACUUUACACUUCCAAAAAAUUUAUCGGAGUUGAGUUAUUGGGGGAAGAGUUUGGAUUUACUUUAAAGUUACCUCAACGAGGACGUAAAAAAGAAUUUCAACAAGUCAACAAGAGUCAAGUACUAACCGAAAUUAGUAACUUUUUGUCUAUUCCUACACCUAAUUACAUUGAAUGCUUAGACAUUUCUAAUCUUUACAAGCAAGAUGUGACGGCUGGCUUUUUAGUGUUCAUUGAUGGAAGAAGUAAUUUAGCCAAAAGUAAACUAUACAAAUUAGAAAACAAAGUUGAAGAAAACCUAGUUAAUAGGAAGCAAAAUACUAAUCAAGAGAGCGAUUUAUCCCGAAUAAAAAACGCUUGCCUUAUUCAUUACCGAAAGUUCUCACCAGAACACAUACCUCACUUAAUAAUAGUAGAUGGAGGAAAAGAGCAAGUUAAAACAGUUCAGCAAGUUUUAAAAGAAUUGAACUUAAAGAUUCCAGUAAUUGGGCUAGUCAAAGAUGAAAGACAUCAAACCGCCAAAAUAAUUACUGAUAAUUUAAAAGAAUUAGCCUUUGGUAAAAAUGAGAGAAUUAAGAUUUUUUUCACCAAUUGUCAAGAAGAAGUGCAUCGUUAUGCAAUAAAUUUUCAUAGAAAGUUGCACCGAAAAG